CUAUACUUCCCGCUCCCGCGUAAACGUCAGUCAGUGACUUUUAGCAGUUGCACAGAGAGCAUGUGUCGCUGUGUUUAAAAAUAUUAUAAGCGCGUGGUGUAUUAUUAUUUGAAAAACUAUUAUUAUAUUAGACUAAAUAAUUUUUAAGUGUCAUACUAUUAUAGGUGUUGUGUGUGUGAACAAUGGAUUAAUUUGGUGUAAUCACACAAUGUUAUAGUGAUUUUAAUGUGUGUUUGUUGGUAAUAGAUUGUAAUUGAGCUAUGACCAUGGCUAAUUUUAGCGUGUAUUUAGUACUGGUACUAUAUCAACUCUCGGUUGCUUUUAGUAACGAGGCAUCUUCGGAAUUGUCGGAUCUUGGAUUGACAGAUCCGAAGGUGGCUAAAGACAGGGAAGGUGUUAGAUGCUACUGCAAUACAGCCCAGUGUGUUGGUACAGGAUACAUGUGCCGGUCUAGGAAGGGUGGAGGCUGUUAUAGUGAACUUCCACCUCGAAGACAUCACUCAAAGCAUGGUUGUCUUCAUCAUUUAGCUGAAAGAGAAGAAGAUGCAUUGGCACACUGCCAGAACGCUCCCUCAUCAGGAGGUCCACCUCCACGGGAGUACUCCUUGCUUCUCUGCUGCUUCAAGGAUCUCUGCAAUCACGAAGACAGCCCGCUGGCCAGAGCCCGGCUAAACUUAACCGCCACUGAUUCAGAAGGCAACGCGGUUGCGAGUGAAAGAGGCGCCAGUUACAACGGCGAGGUGUGGUUCAAAGCUGCGACUAUAGCGGUGCCUGUUUGUGGAGCUCUCAUACUAUUCCUUCUGGUGGCUGUAGCUGUCAGGCUACUGAGGGCUGACGCGCUUCUACACGCUGAUAGAAAACUUAGAGGUGGGUACAUAACACCACCGCAGCACAGCACAGAAGACGUCAAGAAAGUGUGGGUGGGGAACUCCGCGCCACUCCUAGUCGCUCCCGGGGGGUGUUUAGUCGCCGUAGAGCGGGCACAACUAGUCGACGUGCCACAACUCUGUGAUAUUCAACGAUAGACUGUAAUGAAAUCUCUCUGCCGGUUGAAAUGACGCUGAGAAGUUUGACAAAUUGAUCUUAAUCUCUAGAGUACCCUCAGUUGACAAAUAGUGGUACCAUCACCAAAAAUAAUUGUCGUUAUAUAAUAUUGUUAAGGCUCAUGUCAUGUGAUCAAUUCUAUACACAUUGGCCCGAUAAGUAUUAAAAAAUGUGUGUUGAAAGUUAUACUUCUAUGGCCUAGCAAGGUAAAUAGAUUUUCAAAAAUGUUUUUUUUUCGCCUUAUUCUGCGUUUGUAGAAAAAACUACGCUAAUAACAGAAAGAACUAAAUUAUCGACUAUAGCUAACUUCAGGGUGUCGGUUUUAUGUGACGGUGUGUGUGCGCAUCGUUAAAAUUUACUGUCAUCAUUUUUCCAUAACGCUCCAAAACUAAAAUGUUGACUAUAGCGAACUUCAGGGUGUCGGUUUUUUGUGACGGUUUGCGCAUCGUAAAAAUUUACUCACGUCAUUCUUCCCUAAUGCGCCAAAAGAAGUAUAACUUCAAACAUAAAUAUCUUUUAUACAAAUAUUGUCUUCACUCGUUUGAUAGCAAAUUAGUUUAGUAUUUAGAAGGUUUUCUUUCGACGGAUUCUCCAUAUAAUUAGUUCAAAAUAUCUCAAGUUUUUCAUACGAAAAUCUGUUUACUUUUCUAUUACGUCGAAAAUCGACAAUCGCGUGACUAUAUGAGCCAUACAAUACAAUCGUCUGUAUUAAUAUUGGAUCUAAUUAAAUUGAUCUCAUUGUGACGUCAUUUCACACCGGCUUGUAUACCAAAUCUACCAAUGUAUAUUUUGUUAUUUUAAGCUAUUUGUUCCUUGUAAAUGUAAAAUAGUUUUAGGAAAUUUUGAUGGAUUUACAUUAUCGAAUUUUACUGUCCAUUGCGAUACUAUGACAUUUAUGUAACUGUCAAUCCAAAUCCAACCAUUUGACUUUCAUGAAUUUGCCUCGAUUUGAAAAUCGUUAAAUGGCGUCCUAUUUGACACAAAAAUCGUGAAUUAUCGCGGUACUUUUGCUUUAUUUAAAUGAUUUAUUUAAUGGCGAGGAACAAGAAACUUUAUAGGGACACAAUUCAAAUAAAUCUUUUAUGAACAACAUUUGUUGAAAUGAUAACCGAUUUAAAGUUACUUCACUAAACUAAAAUCUGGUUCUAAUGUUAAACCAUUUUUUUUUGUAUGAAGUUUAACUUAUAACGCAGUUUCAAAGAACUGUUGAAUAUGUUUUAGCAAUUUAUAGUCAAGGAAAUCAUUAUUUUAAUUAGGACUUAUAAAAAAGCACUAUUGCAAGUCAAAACUACAGUAACUAAGUUAUAAAGAUAUUUAAAAAAAUUACUUUAGUUGUCCCUUCCAAAAGAUUUCAUGUGGAGAAGAAUGCAAGAAACUCCAUACUUAGUCUAUUAAAUAGUUUUUGCAAUAUUUUGUAUACAUAAAUUUUUAUAAUUAUAUCUAAAGACUUUUGGAUGUACCUUUCAAAUCUGGACUAUAGAUAAUAUAUCUGACAUAUAACUAGUCGUAAUAUACGGUUUAUCACAAAUUACCGUCAGAAUAUGUAUAUAAAUAAUAUUUUAAAUAGAGAUCAAAUUAUAUUUUCAAUAAAAAUAUGUAUAAGUGAGAUUAACGCUUAAAUAGUUCUGCAAUUCAAUAGGCAAUCAAAAGCCUAUACAACAGUCACAUGAAACAAAGGUAUUAAUAAUUAUGUAGCUUUCGCUAAAGCAGUGUUGGCCUAGUGGCUUUAGUGUGCGACUCUUAUUCUUGGGGUCGUAGGGUCGAUUCCCGGUUGUAGCAAUGGACUUUCUGUUUAUGUGCAGAUUUAACUCAUCGUCUAACAGAUUAUAAUUGGAAAAAGUUAUAAUCUUAACCGACCCAGAAAAGUAGCAGUGCUCCUUUAAGACUGGCAGCAUUUCCUCGUAUUUAACGUAUAAGUAUCGCAAGAAACCAUAAUAAAAGUAAUCAGUAAUAAAUUGCAUAGUAAUAAUAAUAAUAAUUAAUAAAUAGAGGACUACACCGGUAAUAUUCUACCAGAUACCAACUGAAAUCCUGUGCGUUGGAACCCCACGGUCCAAGUGUCUACUCCAAAGGGAACUUCAUCUGCGGAAGCAGAUAAAUACAUGUGAAAAUAAAUAGACUUUACUAAUGUAAUGUAUAAUCUCACUUAUACAUAGUUAAGUUCGAUUUAGAUGGAGAGAGUUUUGUUUUACAAGAACAUGUCUAAUGCGGCCUUAAUAGAAUAUAUUUGAAUAUAAAAAAACUUGACAAUAUCAUUAUAAUAUUUUUUUAAACUUUCUCUAUGUAAAUAUCGCUUUAAUAUCAUUUUAGACUGCGUCGGUAUUCUAUAACUUCCAAAUGGAAUUUUUAGUGCAUUUUCAAUUCUCUCUAGCGUUGGGAUCGCGUGGUAUCAAUCCCGAUUUAAGUCGUUAUUGGGAGUUAUAUAGUGCUGAUACUGGAUAUGAUAAAUGUAAGCACUCGUGUAUUUGUUUGUAUAUUCGUUAACCAGUUGUAAUGAACACUAAGCUUCCCUGCGGUGCCUUAUAAUAUAGGUGCAAAAUACUCUUGUAAAUAUGAUGUAUAAAUAUUGAGAAUAAAUUGAAAUUAUUUUAUUAA